CUGUGGCCGGAAGCAUUUCGUCCGUCAUUUUUGAUCUAUAGAUUUUACAAAUCUGUAAAUUGCAUUUAUAGUUUUGUGCGAUUAUUUAGUGAUUUCAUUGAAAUAUAAUUAGUUGUUGCUUAAAAAUCGUCUAGUUUUCUUAGUGUCGCCGAGAGCUACUAGAAAAAACAAUGUCCGGUGAACCCGAAGUAGCACACACACCGGAGGGUGAGGAGGAGGAAAUCAAGUCCACCUACAAGCCUCCCCCGGAGAAAACCAUUGAGGAGAUCCUGGCGGCGGACCAGGAGGAUGAGUCCUUGCGGAAAUAUAAGGAGGCUCUUUUGGGGCAGGCGCAGAUCGGAACUGUUAUUGUUGACGCCACGGAUCCCCGGAAGGUGAUAGUGAAGAAGCUGGCGCUGUGCGUCGUGGGCAGGGACGACGUGGAACUGGACCUUUCUGGGGACCUCACUGACCUCAAGAAACAGGUGUUCGUUAUCAAGGAGGGCGUGCAAUACCGGAUAAGGAUCGACUUCAUUGUGCAGCGUGAGAUCGUGCACGGUCUCAAGUACGUGCAGAAGACGUAUCGGCUCGGAGUACCAGUGGACAAAAUGACCCACAUGGUCGGCUCGUACCCCCCAAAAACCGAGAUCCAAUCGUACACCACGCCCCCCGAAGACGCGCCGUCCGGCAUGAUGGCGCGAGGGUCCUACACCGUCAACAGCCUGUUCACGGACGACGACAAAAACGUGCACCUGCAGUGGGAGUGGAGCUUCGAAAUCAAGAAGGACUGGAAGGACUAAGCUUGGUAAGAGACUGGAUUGAAGUGCCAUUGGGAUUGUGGUUCGAUUUUUAUUUUGAAAUGGGACGGGAGAUCCGGUUACAAAAAUCUAUGG